UUCGAAGGGAAUGAUUGAAACCCGCUUUUUGACGCAUUCAAUAUUUAUUGAUGUGAUCAAAACCUCCAGAGGAGAAGGCAUUCAUAAUAUUACAUGGUGAUCCAUCUAAUACAUAAUUACUGAUACAUAAUUAGUUAGUGUCAAAAAUUUUUUUUAAUUACAAUUUAUUAAACAUAGUGACAUAACACAAAGUUCAUAACUCUAUUAAUCUUAGCUACACUUCAUUCCGCAUUGUCUUAUUACUCUAGAUAAGGCAGAAACGAGUAGGCAUAAUUAGUCAACAAUAUUUCAGUACUGGGGUAUGUCAUCACUAAUGCUGUUCUGAUAAGUGUGGGUCAAUCACGAACCAGUAUGGUGUUCUAAGGGACAAUAAUUACUGCAUAAAUUUUCCCAGCACAAAUUCUCGGACAGGACUGUGAGCCAGUGUUCACUAGUGCGAGCAGAGGGCUGGUCUUCAUAGCAUCACUAGAGAGGAUGAUCUCCCUCAUGGUGGGGAGGCCUGCCACCCACAGUAGACCAUCCACUCAGCAGAACCAGGAUUUGUCUGUAAACAUUUAUACAUCUGGCGAGGUCACAGGUCGAAAGACUUAAUGCAACACACGCCAGCACUGUAGUUGAAACCAGCGGCAAUAACAUCUACUGCUUCUUUAUAUACGACCUGACUGCUGGUAACCAGUGGUGGAAGUUGAGAAGCGGUGAAAGGGGUUCAUAACAAUAUAUUUUCAGUCUUUUUGCUGCCAUAAACUCACAUCUCCUAGGUUUGGUAUCUUGUUUUUCUUAGCAACUUCCUGUUUAUAGGUGCUUUAGUUGAGCUUGUAGGAUUACAUCUCCAUUUUUCUGGCUUUCUUGGAUUUCUGGAGGUUAGUACUGUACAGUAGUACGGGUAUAGCCUAUUCAUACAAGUUUAAAGUUAUUCGAUGGCCUUUGGGUCAACCCAAUAUAAUUGCAGAGCCAAUCCUUUAUUUAUUUUUUCUUAUAAGUCUUGGUGCUCCUUUUCAUUUACAGUAGUGUAUAUUACAGUAUGGAAUAUUAGUGAUAAAUAAGAUCAUAUAUAAAGACAUUUUGUACAAUGUAUCAUUUCUUUAUGCACACAGAUGUUCACUUGCUCCCUGGAGUUGAUCCAAAUGAUUUGGAAUGCCUACCCUCACAACCAAUAAGCAGUGGCAUCAAGCUUUUUCUGUACAAUGUAGAUGAUACAAAAGUAGAGUGGGCCAACAGAGUGGUGCGGGCACUGUAUCCUGUGCAAGGAAAAUACACUGGCUUGGUAUUUAAAAGGAAUCAGUUAAGUCCUAAGGGGUGCAAAGACCUGGUGGAUGCCUUAGCAAACAAUGAUACACUUAAGGGCAAAAUUGAGGUUGAACAUCUGGACAUCUCCUCCCAGAGCAUCACUAGUACUGACAACACUGAACUGCCAAGUUACACCAAGAGGAAACUGCCAAAGUGCAAUUUUAAUUAAGAAUGUAAGUUCAGUAGCAGUUUCCAGAAUCCUUGUUUUUACUUACCAUCAUCACCUUAUUUCUCUCCGUAUCAUUUCACAUUAUUUACCUAUUUUACCAUUCAUUUAACCCAGUAUAUAUCCAUAACUCUUACACUCCCCAAGUAACACUCAACAAUUGUCACACUCCCCCAGUAUAUCUCAACAUCUCUUACAUUCUCCCAUUAUAAUUUAACACUAUAACUUUUGUACCCUGGGGGAAAACUAAGUUGGGGCUACUCAUUAAUUUUUUAGCCGUACAAUUACAUUAGAGAUUCAAUAGAUCCUUGACGAUGCAAGAUUUGUUGUGAUGCAUUUUAAAUCAGAUUGGCAAACAAGCAGAACCCUUUCUUUAUUAUAUUUGUCUCUCCACAUCAACUUGUUCCCAUCUAAUAUUCAAGUUUAUGCCCUUCAGCCAAGCAUCCUGGCAUCACUGUAUGUCUACCUAUACAAUAUAUCAAAGUGUUGUACAAUCAUAAUAGAUACUAUAUUCUGUAAAGGAUCAUAAUACUGCUGGGUUAUGGUGUAAGUGCAAUUAACCAAAAUUAAUUAAUAUCUCAGAGGCUUAUCCUAAACUCACCUCGCACUAGAUCAAUGGUUCUUAACGCUUUUGGAGCUACACCUCCUGACCCCUCCCUAUGAUAAACCUUGAGUACAUAGCACCCACCUCCCUAUGAUAAACCUUGAAUACAUAGCACUCCCCUCCAUAUAAUAAACCUUGAAUACCGCACCCUCCUGUUCCUAUGAUAAACCUUGAAUACAUAGCACCCCCCUGUUCCUAUGAUAAACCUUGAAUACAUA